UGUGCGAUAAAUGCCGAAACCCUAACCCCCAAUUCAAUUGUGCCGCCAUGACCACCAGAUUGAAGAAGAACCGCAAGAAGCGCGGCCAUGUGAGCGCUGGCCAUGGUAGAAUCGGCAAGCACAGGAAGCAUCCCGGAGGUCGCGGAAACGCGGGAGGAAUGCAUCACCACCGCAUCCUCUUCGACAAAUACCAUCCUGGCUACUUCGGCAAGGUUGGUAUGCGCUACUUCCAUCGCCUGCGCAACAAGUUCCACUGCCCCACCGUCAACAUCGACCGCCUCUGGUCGCUGGUGCCGCAAGAGCUCAAGGACAAGGCGUCCAAGGACAACGCGCCUCUCAUCGACGUCACGCAGUUCGGCUACUUCAAGGUCCUCGGCAAGGGAUUGCUUCCGGAGGGGAAGCCGGUCCUUCUCAAGGCCAAGCUCGUCUCCAAGAACGCCGAGAAGAAGAUCAAGGAAGCUGGCGGCGCCGUCGUGCUCACUGCUUGAACUAGGGUUUUGUUUUUUAAUUUUGCUUUUGAAUGAAUUUUGAGAUAUUUCAGACUUCUGCUAUGAAUGAGCUGAUAUUUUUCACUUC